AUGCAGCAACCUAAGCUUUUUUACCCAGACCACGAGACUUACACCCCGAGAGCACUAGACCGACCAGACAACCAGUUGAACCGGCCCUUUCCAGCUUUCAUCCUCCCUGAUAAUCUUGCGUCCGUAGGGACACCCAAUUUGUAUCAUCCCCCCAAUCAAGAGAAAGAUCUUUUUCAGACACCCCCAGCAGGCUUCCACAUGGCUCCAUGUGGGUGCUUCUUUGACCCCAGGAUUUACCGCAUCGAGUGGGCAACAGCCAAUUUUGUCCAGCCCUCAGUUUACAAACUCUCCGGUGGGCCAAACCCCCAAAGCGCAUACCUUUUGGGCAGCCAGAAAUACCUCAAGGGCCCCAUUCAGCCCACCCCCUACCAGCCCUACCAACCCGUUGUGAACAACCCCCCGUUUGCGUUACCGUUCUUCAAACCAGAGGGGCCUGCCCCCAACUUAACAGAACAGAUCUGCUUCAUCAGCAAUCCUCUUCAUGGUUCCCCCUUCGUGGAGGCCCCUCAUCUCCUCCAUGAAGGCCUUGGGCAAAGCAAAGAUCACACACUCCAAGCCAUGGGCUCUGAGGUGAGCCUCAAGGAGCGGCCUGCUCAAACAGAGACCUGCGAGCUUCAAAAAGAACCCUUGGUAGACCAUUCAAGCGAUGGUACAUCCACCCACCAUGACCUGGCCUUCCAAGAUGUCAAGCGCUUCCCAGAGGAAGGAGGAGAAUCCGGAGACAAUGACGCCACCUCAAAUUUUAUGGAGAACCCUCCUCUUCCAGAGACCAACCCAGAAUCCCAGUGCCCCGUUGGCAUGUCCAGCACCGAGAUAAUGACAGAAUCGGAGCCCUGUGUGAACUUGGAGGCCAUCGUCACCAAUGAAAUCAAAUUGUUAGAAGAGCAGGAGUCUUUCAGCCUCCCAGACAAAGUCCUGUUAGAAGAUGCCAUGAAACUCUUCGAUUGUUCUCCGGUCAAUUCCAGUACCGAGGAUGACCCAGAGAAUGGGAUCCUUAGCAGGAACCGAGGAGACAGUUCCACCGACAGGUGUUUCUCCGGUGAAGAUUCAUCCAGCGACAUCCUGUCUCUUAACCUACCCGACGAGCUUCUCUCUUUUGACUACAGUGUCCCAGAAAUCCUUAGCACAGUCAUGAGCUUGGAUUACCUCUACGACGUGAAUGCUUUUGGGGAGGACCUGCCAUGGGAAAGUAGGGCGUCCCUGCAUGCUCGCCAGAAACACGAAUCCCACUUGGAAGCAGAGGAGAAAAUGAAGGAGGGCAUUGCAGCGGCUAAGAAAGGUAGAUCUGUGGCCAGAAAGCCACCACUGGCAUCUGCCCAGGGGAAUGAUGGAGGACCCUCAAAAUUAGGGGUCUAA